AUGUCUAUAGCUCACGAUAGACAAAUAUCUACGCCUGAGAGAAAGGAUUCUGGCGUUCAUUUUGCAGACGAGGCAGAGUUAAGGAACAUUGAGAAUGACGGAAAGGGAAAACAGUUAGGGAAAUGUUAUCUGGAUCUUAUGCCCUUGGAAGUGAAAACAAGGAUUUUCAAAUACUUGAGCGAUGUAGAGCUCGUUCGAAUAUCAAGGGUUAAUCGAUCAUGGUAUCGGCUAGCUUUCGACGGAUCACUAUGGUCAGUCAUUGAUGCACGGCCUUUUUAUCAAGAAAUUGCUGCAAAACAAUUAGUAAAAUUGAUCGUGUCAGCUGGAAGCUUUCUCAAGGUGCUGAAUCUUCGUGGUUGCAUACAGUUAAAAUCGUUGAACGUCUAUGGAAUAUCCACCUUUUGUCCAAACAUCCAAUCCCUCCAUCUCUCAGGCUGCAGAUCUCUCGAUAGCGCUUCGAUAGCAGACAUUCUCAGCAAACUGAAUAAUUUGGAAAACCUCGAUCUGUCCGGUUUGCUCUUCAUUAUCAACCCGCAUUGCGAAAUACUGGGCAAGCACUGUCGCAAACUCAAAAAAGUAAAUCUCAGCUGGUGUCAAUACAUAAACUCGCAAGGAAUAGAGGCUCUAGUCGAUGGAUGUACAGAGCUGAUUAAUCUGAAGAUUAAUGGGUUACCCAAGUUGAACGAGACGGCCUUGGCAAAGAUUGGAAUGUUAAAGAAUCUGAGAGUGUUAUCACUUGAUGCAUGUCCCACUUUAACCGACUCGCACAUUACCGCCCUUCUUCGUGGUGAUUCUCAAUAUCCUGAACACGACCCGCCGCCGUUGACUCACCUCAAUCUGUCAAACAACCACAAUCUCACCGACGUUGCGCUGGAUGAACUUUCUGAACGUUGUCCACAGUUGACGCACCUCCAACUCCACAGCUGCUCGUCCCUAGCCGAAGAAGGUCUUAUCCGUUUAUCUCAGGCAUGUACAAAGAUCGAAGCACUCGAUCUAGAAGACAUUCUCUCUAUCACAGACCGCACACUACAUUCUUUCGCAUCGAACCUCCCUAACCUCAAAAUAUGCUGUCUAAGCUAUUGCGAACAAAUAACAGACGAGGGUGUAAUUGACCUCUUCAGAUCAUGCCCUUAUCUUUCCCAUAUCGACCUAGACCACUGUCAACUACUCACCGAUGCUAUUCUAAGCAAUCUGACUACUAUUCUUACCCGAGAUGGAAGUAAACGAAAUAGGAAUGUGCAAGUGGAAAUAUUCGACUGCAGGAAUAUAACAGUAUCCGCCGUAAAGGAUGCAAUACGGAAAGUGAGUGGUGCCGGAGUAAUCCUUAAAGUCAAAGGCUACUACUCUUGGCAGGCGAGCAAUGCCGACGACGAGGAAGAGGAUAGUAGGAGGAAUGCAAACGGACAAACGUGGCUUCCCAGAAGAUUGCUAAGACCGUUUGGAGGAAGGAAUGAAUUUAUUAGAAUAAGAUUGCCGGCGGCCAACGGACUUGGGGCAAGAGGGAAUGCAAAUGCGAACGGAAAUGCAAAUGCAGUUUCGAGGUGGGGUGGUUUUGGGAGAUGUACUAUAUUGUAA